AUGGAUAAGAUGCAUGAAAUUGCUGUACAUGACCAAAGCUCAGUGGAUUUUCCUGGCAGUGAGAGUGUCAAACAGCCACAAGAAUGGUCAUCAUCUCCUGGACAAAAAACUGAUAUAGGCAAGCAGAUCUUUUGUAACCGGCCACUAAAUAUGAAGAACAUUGUUGCUGUGGGGUUUGACAUGGACUAUACUUUGGCACAAUACAUUCCUGAAACUUUUGAAUCUCUUGCUUAUGAACACACAAUUGAAAAGCUGGUUUAUGAUUUGAAAUACCCUAACGAGUUACUGAGUUGGUCAUUUGACUCCAAUUACAUGGUUAGGGGCUUGGUUCUUGACAAAAAGAGAGGCAACAUCUUGAAGAUGGAUCGGCACAAGUAUGUCAAAGUAGCCUAUCAUGGAUUUAAGGAGUUAUCAAAAGAAGAUAAAGUUGGGAUCUAUGGAAAUACUUUAGUGUUCGAUUCUUUUGAUGGGCCAGAUUAUGCUCUAAUCGAUACCCUCUUUUCACUUGCGGAAGCCUACUUGUUUGCUCAACUGGUUGAUUUUAAGGACAGAAAUCCUGGAAAGAUUCCAGAGAGUGUUGAUUAUGCUCGACUUUACAAAGAUGUUCGAAAUGCAAUAGAUUUGUGCCACCGAGAUGGAACAUUGAAGCAAAAGGUAGCAAAAGAUCCCAAAAGGUAUAUCAAUGAAGACACCUUGAUAGUUCCCAUGCUCAAAAUGCUCAGAGAUUCUGGACGCGCUGUUUUUUUGGUUACGAACAGUUUAUGGGACUAUACCAACACUGUCAUGAAUUUCAUCUGUGGAUCCACUGGGAUUAAUGGCGGUACCAAUUUUGACUGGCUUCAAUACUUUGAUGUUGUCAUCACUGGCAGUGCAAAGCCAAGCUUUUUUCAUGAGGGAAAUCAUGCUAGCCUGUUUGAGGUUGAGCCUGAGAGUGGAAUGCUACUUAAUACAAAUAAUGGCUCUCCUAUGGUUCAGGUGGGUGGUAUCUCACCAAGGUUACUAACAGAAGAGGAGGACCGUAUUCGUAAAGUUUUUCAGGGAGGCAGCGUUGGUCACCUACACAGUCUACUUUCGAUAGAAUCAAGUUCACAGGUUCUAUAUGUUGGGGAUCACAUAUAUGGAGAUAUACUACGCAGCAAAAAGGCUCUUGGUUGGAGAACAAUGUUGGUGAUCCCAGAGCUUGAGAAGGAGGUUGAACUCCUCUGGAAGUUGAGGGAUUCUCGCAAGGAACUUCAAUUCCUGAGGAGCGAGCGUGAUCGUAUUGAGGAUGAAAUUCAUAAUUUGAGCCAGUCUCUCAAUUUCAAGAAUCCAGAUGACGAUGCAAAGGGGAUGUUAAAUUCAAAACUUGAUACAUUGAAGCUUGAAAGAGAGAGUGUGCGAUUAAGUCAUCAAGAAGCUCAAAGAAAAUUACACCAAAAGUUUCACGAGCCAUGGGGCCAGCUGAUGAAGACUGGUUAUCAGAACUCUCGCUUUGCUCAUCAGGUUGAGAGAUUUGCUUGCCUUUAUACUAGCCAAGUAUCUAACUUGGGCUUGUUCUCUUCAGACAAGUACUACAGACCCAGUGAAGAUUUUAUGCAGCAUGAAUUUGGCAUUUUGGAAGACUGA